GAUUUUCCAAGCAGAAAGGCACUGAGAACAGUGGAUUUGGCGCAGCGUUGCCGGGCUUCACAGGAUUACUUAUUCACUGUGUUCCUGGAACAGCUCCAGGCUUCCCGGCUCUGCCUCCAGCAUACAAAUUCAUCAAGUACCCACAAGGCUCACAAUCCCCAGAGUAAAGAGAAGGUGAUUCAUACUGAAUGUCACACUGUCUCUGAAGGACCUGCGGGGCUCUGGAAAGACUGAACCGGUAUCCUCUCUUCUACCUCCUUAACGCUUAAUAAGGGUGAUUAAGGCAGCAGACUCAGUCUGGAUGGAUUUCAUUGCUGGGGCCAUUGGAGUGUUUUGGAGAAAGCAUGGCUUAAGCACCUCUGAAAAACAGCAGAGUCGCUGCCCUUUUGAAUCCCAUGUAAUGAUCCAGCCUGGCUCAGGCACCUGCACAAAUAUUGUGCAUCUCCUGUGAGCUAUUGCUUCUGUGGCCAUGGGACAAGCUCAGCAUCUUCAGAAACAGUGACCUGCUGUGACUCCAGAUGGAAAAAACAUGAGAGAACCAUGCUUAGUGACUGUGGAAACUUUCAAUAACCACCAAAUAAGGCUGGAUGUAGUGGAAAGCAGCUCAUCUGUAAGGAUGUCCUUCCUGGCCAAUAAAACUGAGCAGGAGGUUGGACUAGAGACCUCCUGAGAUUCCUUCCAACUUGAAUUUUCCCAGAAACUCUGAGAACUUCCAGCCUGAAUUUUCUUAUUUUCCCAUGCAUGAUCAUAGGAAAUAGCCCUUGUUAUCUUGGGAGACUUCAACUUACCAGAUAUCUGCUGGAAAUACAACACAGCAGAGAGAAAGCAGUCUCGGAGGUUCCUGGAGCGUGCGGGAGAUAACUUCCUGACGCAGCUGGUGAGCGAGCCAACCAGGGGAGGUGCCCCGCUGGACCUGCUGUUUACGAACAGAGAAGGCCUCGUGGAUGAUGUGGUGGUUGGAGGCUGUCUUGGGCUCAGCAACCAUGACAUGAUAGAGUUUUUGAUUCUUGGAGAAGUAAGGAAGAGGGUCAGCAAAACCGCUACCCUGAACUUUAGAAGGGCUGACUUUGGAUUGUUAAGGAGUCUGGUUAACAGAGUCCCUUGGGAGGCAGUUCUGAAGGGCAAAGGAGUCCAGGAAGGCUGGAUGUUACUAAAGAAGGAAGUCUCAAAGGCACAGGAGCAGGCCGUCCCCAUGUGCCGUGGUCUAAGCACAGCAGUGGGUUAUCCGCUGGACACAGUCAAGGUGAGAAUUCAGACCCAGAAGCAUUACAAUGGGAUUUGGCACUGCAUUCAGGAAACAUACAGGACAGAAAACGUCUGGGGAUUUUACAGAGGCGUGUCUGCAUCUGUCCUCACGGUAUCGGUGAUUUCUUCUGUUUCAUUUGGCACGUACAAAAACUUCCUUUGUGCCAUCUGCAAGCUGCGAUACGGGGCUGCAGAUGCGAAGCCGUCCAAGCUGGAUGUUGCCCUUGCCGGUGGUGCUGCUGGUGCUGUCCGGGUUGUGUUGAUGACCCCUAGUGAAGUGGCUAAAGUUCGCAUGCAGACUCAGAGGAAGCCACAUCCUUCUGUCACAUCUCCCCAGCCUGUUUCCAAGCCAAAGUACCGAGGAUCUCUCCACUGUCUGAAGCUGAUCGCCAAGGAGGAAGGUUUUGGGGGUCUCUACAAGGGCUGCUCUGCAUUGCUUUGCAGGGAUUGCGCCUCUUCUGCAAUCUAUUUCCUUACCUAUUCCGCUCUCUGUGACUGGCUCACACCAGCUGGGAAAAAUAAACCAGGUUUCCUUGUUGUGCUGCUUUCUGGUGGUUUUGCUGGAGUCCUGGCCUGGGGAUUAGCUACUCCCAUGGAUGUCAUCAAAUCACGGAUGCAAACAGAUGAAUUGGACCAGCACAAGUACAAAGGCCUCAUCCACUGUGCGAGAGAGAGUGUGAGAAAGGAGGGUGCAAAAGUGCUUUUCAAAGGACUGGGUUUGAACUGCAUUCGUGCCUUUCCUGUGAACAUGGUGGUGUUUGUAACGUAUGAGGCUGUACUGAGAUUUACAGGUCAUUAUACAAACAAAAAAUAGGUUGUGCCACUCUGUUCAGCAGAGUAGUUUGUUUUUUUGUAACACAACAUCCACAAACAAGGGCUGAGCACUGUCUCCUUUGAUGGACAGCAUAAGAAGCACAGACAUUUCAGCACAAAGCUGGAUGACCAACAGCUUUGUUUUAUAUCCUAUAAGAAUAGGAUUACAAAAUCAUCAGGGAGUGUUGGACUUAUACACAGCCUCUCUCCCCUUUAUGUUGUUAGUGUAUUUGGGCUGUCGCUGCUGCUUAGGGUCUUGAAACAUUUGCAAAUAUAUAUGUUCUAAAAA